UGUGCACUGCUUUUCUGUGUUGUUGUGGUCGGAAACUGCUUGGUUGCCUAGCACCACAGUCGUCUGCCUGCUCGUCCUUCUUCGCUGCUCAUCUGCUCUGGUCGCAUCGCAACCGCAGCUCGGCGACAAGUGCCAGGACGGGGACAAGAGGUGCCCGCGCGCGCACAGGGGACCAUGUUGCGAGGCAAGUCCCGGCUCAACGUGGAGUGGCUGGGCUACUCGCCCGGCCUGCUCCUCGAGCGCAAGCCACUCCUGGCAGGCCGCACGUCGCGGAACCCCGGCCGAAACGAAAGUUCAUUAGCAUCUACCCUGAAGACGCUCCUGUUCUUCACAGCUUUAAUGAUCACUGUACCUAUUGGGUUAUAUUUCACGACUAAAUCUUAUGUUUUUGAAGGCGCCUUUGGGAUGUCCAAUAGGGACAGCUAUUUCUAUGCUGCUAUUGUUGCAGUAGUCGCCGUCCAUGUGGUGCUGGCCCUCUUUGUUUAUGUGGCCUGGAAUGAAGGCUCACGGCAAUGGCGAGAAGGCAAACAGGAUUAAAAUGAAUAAUUGUUGGCCAUUUUCAAAAAAGGACAUCGCAUUGUUCAAGUUUCCUGUGACUGGUCAUUCCGGAUGCAGUGGCCCUUGCCAUGCUUGCCAUGCCGAUUGGUUUAUGCACCCCUAUGUUUGAUGUUACAGAAUUGGACUGCAGAAAUAGAUGGUUAGGCAUAAAGCCAAGUAGGCAUUUGUAUUUAAUUGUUGGGGGAAAAAAGAUGAUUAUUGUAGGACUGUUUUUUUCUUAUAGUUAAAUAUUAUCUACAGUUCAAAUGUCUUCCAGCAGUUAUUUUAAAUAUAAAGUGUUCUCUUUAAAAAAGACUACAGUUUUGCAAGUUGCAGUGCUCCAAAAUCUUGCAACUAUAGACUAUCUACUGUUAAGAGAACAUAUGGGAUGUGAACAGUUCCCUGGAAUGUGUUGUUUUAAUUUGUCUGAUUUUUCUCAAACUAUUCAAGUUCAGUUGGACAAUAUCCAUCAUAUCAUUGAUAAGUUUUCACAAAUGCCUAGGGUGCCUAACUGGUUUUCUUGGUUUCACUGGAGAUGGCUGGUAAUUACAGGUAUGCUUUGGUUAUGUAACUGUACUUCUAUUAUGUUAAUGUGUGUGCGCAAUUUAAUUAGUAGCUUAAAACCUGUACAUGCUGAAGUUACUCUACAAGAAGAUAUGUCAAAGAAAUAAUCAAUCUUCCCAUGUUUUCUUCCGUCUGCUACUUCUAUAGCUUUUCUUCUUCCUUCCUAAUUACAACCCUUAAGUAGAAUUUGUGCCUCAUAUCGAAAUUACCAAGUAUCAUAAUUCUUCCAAGUGGUAAAGAUACCUCAAGACAAAUGCUGGGCAUAGAAGCCACAGGGCAUAAAUCUGCAAAGAAGUAAAAAGCUAACCUUUUCAAAGAAUAUUGCUUCUCUCUCACUUACCAACUCUACAUUUCCCUGUAUGGCCCCGGAAGAUGACUGGUUAGCCAGAGACGGGUAAGAUUCCUCAAGGGAGGAACAACCUAAGACAGGCACAGUCGCAGGGGGGCCAUCAGGAGAGAAAUUGGGGAUCAACAGAGGUGAGGCUUAGAACCUCACCCCCCCUGUUUUGAGAGAAAUCUUCUGCAUCCGUGGAUGUUUUGUUGCCUUUGUCUAGCUUGGAUUAAUACUUAGUCUAUAGGCACACACCUGAUCACCUACAUUUGCCCUCUUACAGCACUAAACUAUGUUUUCUACCUUUAUCUUGCAUCUACCUACCACUUCAGCAUUUUAUUAAAAAAAUAAUAAUAAUAAUAAUAAGGGAGAAAUGUGGGAUUCACAUAUAAAUCAAGUAUAAAAAUCAAAUGAAUAUUUACAUUUGACCUGAUUGUUUAUAGUUCAUAAUGCGUGAUCAAAACUGAAAGUUUCUGUGAUAUGACUGCCCUUGCACUGUUCACCAUGUAAGAACUUAGUCACUAUGUAAGAACUUGUUCACCAUGUAAGAACUUGUUCGUUAUGCUUCAGAAGAUUGGAGACUGUUGAGAAUUAGGCUUGGGGUGGAUUAAUGAUUGUGCAUUGGGUCCCCUAUACAGAAUUUUAUUGUUGUUAACAACCAUUUGAUCAAUAAAUAUGAGAGAUGCCCUCUCAAAAAAAAAUAAAUAAAUAAAAAUAAAGCAAAAUGAAAUUAAAAAAAAAUACUACAGUUUUAGUAUGAAAUUGUACAAAUUUAAUAUGAUUGUCAAACCCCUAGUUUGAGUCUGGGGUCUGGGGCGCUAUGCGGUGGAUUUCUAGGUGGUCCUCUCUUUAGACGCCUUGUCACCUCAUUUCUUUUUCUGUAAUGCCAAGGCUUUUCUUGUACUUUGGGGAUCUUAUGCUUUCUGUAAAAUAUUAAUGUCCAGGGUUGGGUUAUUUUGUUUUAUUUCAGACAUUUGCUGAAUGGAUAAUGGUAGGAGUAUUUUUCUGUAUUUAAAACAGUGAUUUGUGCAAAGCAGUUGUAAUUUCCUCUUGGAAAAAGUACCAAGUGUUUAAAAGUUAGAAUCAGAUGCUAGCACUGACAUUUAGGAUUAUUACAAUCUAGGCUUAUUUCCAAGCCAGUUAAUUUUUCCCUAGGGUUUUAACCGUUAAUUUACUACUUUGCUGCUAUUGAAAUAACAUUGUAUUUGACAUACAGAUUUGUCCCGACAUCUCACUGAUUUCCUCUUGGACAAUGUACAUACUUCAGAAUGUACAGAAAGGAAAGCUACAUGGAGCCCUUGUAAACGUUUUAAGAUAGUGAUAUGUUCACUCUUGUUUGAAAAUGGAUUGUAAGAAUAACCUCAGUUAGGAAGUGUAACUUGAAGUGUCAGUAUAAGCUACUGAUUUAACACAUUACCUCCCAUUUUGUCCCCCAGAAUAUAAUCUUUUUUCCCAUUGUGCUAAAAAAUGAAAAGUCUGCUGUAGAAUGCAUCUGAUGUCACUAGCUCUUCAAGUGGUUACCAUUUUACAUGUAACACCAGAAUUCAGUUUUGAGUUUUUACUAAAGGAAUUUAAACCUCCCAUUUAAAAAACCCUGUAUUUCAUGGGAAUCUAGCAGGAAUACCUUGUAAUAAAUAGACUUUUCAUCAUAAAAAUCUCAUCAGCUUUGCCAAAAGAAGCAACUGAUUGUCCUAUUUGGUGUUUAUUUGCCAUUUUCAUAUAAAUUUUAGAAAUGCAGCUAGAGUACUCAAGGAGACUAGUAAAAACAGUUAAAUGACAUGUACCUGAGAAAAGAUGACAGCUGAAGGUACGUGGAACAGGAUCUAAAGCCUGUUGUAGGUGUAUCUCGUGUGUGUUUCCCAUCUCCAGACAAGUUCCUGUGUACUGUCUUAUUUAUGCUCUAGUGUAGUUGUAGACUGUUGUUAGGCCUGUUGCAUAAAUGGUUUGACAGCAGCACGGAAUUUGUCACUUGUCUUAGGCCACCAGCGGAUUGCUGUGCUGUCCAGCAUUCUGUGUCCUCCAUCAGAAGAGCACCACCUUAUUAAUUCAGAGUCUACUCUUACAUUUAAGGUAAUUAAUUGCAAGCUGGGCUGGAGCAGCAUGUUAAUAACUUGAUAAGAGUUCUUUUUGCUUUUUGCAGGGGGAAAGGGUCACCUGAGAAAAUAAAUGAUUUUCAGGGUCUUUGGGAACAUGAUAAAUACUACAAGUAAUCUAUGAAUAGCUUAAUUCUUUAUAUAUUCACUAAAAUAGUCUGGAAUUCUUCAGUUUACCAACACUCUUGACCAUGCUUUCCCUGCCUGUUUUGUUGCUGUGUGUACUUGAAAAUAAUAUCUGCUUUCCUUUUAAGAUUUUAUGAUUCAUAUUUGUCAGUUACACAGACUAGUCUUCCUUUUCCUCAAGUUCAGUGAAAUCUCACUGAGCAGUAAUAGUAGCAAUAGCUAACAACAUCUGCACAGCACCUUACAGUUUGCAAAGAACGUUCACAUAAUCCUCUGGAGUUUUGCACUAGUGAACCUGUUAUGAGCUGUCUCUUGACAUUGAUGCCAGAAGUGUUAGAAUCUUUAAACAUCGCUUGAGUCAUUGAAUGUGCUGUCAUCUUGAAUAGUGUCCUAACCAGGGACAGGGUUUAGAUGCCAUAUGUUGAAAGCUGUGUGUAAUUGUCAAAAUGGGGGACUUGAGUUCUUCAGCCACUUGAAUCAGAUUUACUUUUGUUAAGUGAUGCUUUUCUAACUGUUACCUAGAUGAAUUUUGUAUUCAUUGUAUUAUUCUAGCCUGUAAUUUGUAUAAAUUUAACAUCUGUUGUCAUUAAAAAAGUGUUUAUAAUGCCA